AAUAUUCAAGAUGGGAACUAAAGCGCAGAAAACGGAAUCAACUGAGAAUUUUAUAAGUGCAUGGAGAGAAGAAGAAAGUCUGUGGAACGUAACUUUGACAGUUUAUAAAAACAAAGAUGCAAAGGCUAAAAGUACUAGAAUUUUGAUGGGAAAAUGCACCAUGGAAGAGGGUGAUGUGAAAAGAAAGAUAAAUACUCUACGAAGUUAUUAUUCAAAAGAACUCCAAAAAUCAAUACCAAAAAGUGGAGCGGGUAGAGAUGAAAUUUACGAGUCAAAGUGGCCUUAUUUUCAAUGUAUGGCAUUUUUACUGGACACAAUCAUUCCAAGAAAAACAACAUCCUCUCUGGCAAGUGUAUUUUUAUUUGCUUUUUAUAAUAUACUUAUCUAAAUGAAAUUGUCUUGCCAUGGGACUGUUCCAACUGUAUUAAAGUAGUCACAGAAUUAAUCUCGUA